UGUUUUAAAGCCUCUUGUGCAUUAUGGAAAUGUGUUUUUCCCCUCCAGUUUGCACAGGAGGGAGGAAGGGGUUGUCUGUUAGAAGUGAGUGACGGAAACAGUUAUGGUGUGGUUGCUGUGAGGUGUCUGUCAGAGAAACAGACACAGAGAUGCUUGUGAGGGAAACAUCUGGAAGUUUUCUUUGCCAGAGGACAGAGUGGCUACUUGCUAUUUAUUCCGUUAGUAGGGAGGCAGCUUCCUUUGCAGUGUCUGACUGGUGUUUUGGGAAGGCUGCCUACCACUGGAGGAGGGCUAAUGAAGCAGGAGGCCAUUAGCUAGCCAGUCAGUGUGUGGUGAGGGCUGAGCGGGUGCUGGAGCUGCGCUGAGAGCCAGCCCUGGAGGCAUGGCUAUGGCUGUCCUUUGCUCAAAGGUCAUCUUCUGGAGAUGGGAAAUACCCUGUAGGUGGGACGUGGGAUGCUUGUGAAGAGUUGUUGUUUCUGUAAACAACAAUUAGGCAUCGAAGGUGUUGUGGUUUUUUUAAUUUUAAUUAAUUUAUUUUUCAUGUACUCGUGUCGUCUUUUUUGACGUUAUACUUCGUCUCGCCCCCCACCCUCCCUUCUCUGAGGGAUCCCGCCCGUAACGGUCACCAGAGGUUCCCCUUUAACGGAGAAUCAAUCCGCAACGGAUUGAUGUUCGGCUUAGCCAAUAGAAUGGCAAAUCUCCGCCCAUGCCGGCUCGGAUUGGCUCUCGGUCCGGGCGCGAGGCGGGACUUGCACUCAAACCGGCGGCGCCAAGGCCGUCAGCGCGGCACCAUGGAGGCUGUGUUGGGUCAGGUGGCGGAGCUCCCCGCGCUGCUUGCCGUGUCCCGCUCCGCGCUGGUGCGAGACUGGGACCCCCCGACCCUGGACAGGGCCCUGGAGUGGGCGCGCUACUUUCAGCACCUCCACGACCGCUUUCGUGGCCGUCCCCGGCUCCGAGACGCCGUGGGGCGGCGGCUGCGGCAGGGCCAGAGGUGCAGCCCGCUUUCCUUCCGCCACCUGGGCGGCUGCCCGGAGCUACUGGGCCUGGCGCUGAUGGAGAACCGCGCUCUGCCGCCCGCCGCCUGCUGCUGCCUUCUCCAGCGCCUUCUCCGGGGGGAGGCCGGCCCCGAGCCGGGCCGCCUGGCGCUGCUGGCCCGCAGGAAGGCCGCCUCCCGCCUUCUGGAGGGCUCCGUGCUGUCCCUGGGCGGGCCGGGCCCGCGGGUGUGCGCGGAAGCGGGGCUGCUGCUGUGCCGGCUGCGGGAAGACGGGCGGGAGGCUGCGGGGGCCCUCGGCUGGCUCGGCCCUGUCCUGGAGCAGCUCCCCCAGCCCCGGGCCUUCGCGGUGGUGGCGGAGGCCCUGCUGCGGCAGGGGGCUGGCGGCGGGGAUGGGGGCAGCGUGGGUGGAGGGCAGGCGGGUGGGGCAGAAACUGGAAGCGUUGCCGACCCCCUGCUUUCCUGGCUGCUGGAGGAUCUGCACCGGUUUUCUGCCUGCUGUCUGCUCCUCCCAGGUGCUCUUCUCGCCUCGCUGGCCGGCCGCUAUGCCCAGUUAAGCAGGCGUUAUUUGGAUCUUUUAGCUGAGUGGGGACGUCACUUGCUGUAUGACCCCCUGCAGGGACGGUGGGUUAAAGGUUGUCCUGAGGAGGCUAAAUUGUCUUGGGAGGAGCUGAGGGAGCGUUUUGGCUGCCUCUGUCAGAGAUCUGUGCACCUCAGGGGGCAGACCCAAGCUGCUCUGAAGCUCCUGAAGGCCCAAGAUGGAGACUUUCAAGUCCGUGGCUUAAGUGUGUGGACUGACUUGCUGUUGGAAGUGGAGGAAGACUUGAGAAAGAAGUAUGAAGUAGCCCUAAUGUGUGAACUCUAAAGCAACACAAAAACUUAUGAAAUUCAGUAAAUCUAUUUGAUGUUUAUUUGAAAGGCGAGAAAACUGUACCUUGCUUUGAGUUGAAAGCCAAGCACUGAUAUAACUGCUGAUCAUGCUGUUUCAGAUUGCACAUGAACUCUUUUGGGAAGGCCUGGUACUUCCUUGCCUCUUCACUGUUGAUUCUCUUGGUGACUGGCAAGAAAUGUCUUCCUUUACAGUGCCUACUGCUUAGCUAAUAAAAUGAAGAACAUGUUGCUUUUUACAAAUA